AUGCUCAGGCUAUGGGCGUUCUCCCAAAAGCCAUCACCGCACAUCAGCCUAUCCGUCUCUAGAAGGAUUCAUUCAACUGCAGUUUCAAAAGCCGCUCCUGUUCCAACCCCCAAUUCAACGGACUUUGCUGCCCCUCAAAAAUGGCAUCCUCAUUCAAUACGAACUGGUGUUAUUGCACGGAAACGGGGAAUGACUUCGGUGUGGAAUGAUCAGGGCGUAAGGAUACCGGUCACUGUGCUGCAGCUGGAAAGCUGUCAAGUUACAGCAAACAUUGUCACGGUUCGCAAAGACCAAUCAGAAUAUCACGCAGUCCAAGUGGCAGCCUCUGACAAACCGGCCAAGUCCACAACGCGCCAGAUGAAGGGGCAUUUCAGGACAGCUCAAGUACCCCCCAAACGAAUUGUCCGAGAAUUCCCUGUCACUCCCGACGCCCAUGUUCCUGUCGGGACUACUCUGUCUGCAAUACACUUCGUUCCCGGUCAAUUCGUGGACGUUGCCGCGAAAUCGAUAGGAAAAGGGUUUGCGGGAGGCAUGAAGCGAUGGGGUUUCAAGGGGUUGAGGGCUAGUCAUGGUGUUUCGGUUUCACAUCGAAAAAUCGGUGCUACAGGUGCCCAUCAAGAUCCAGGAAGAGUAUGGCCCGGUAAGAAAAUGCCAGGUCGAUUAGGUGGAGAGCGAAUAACGACACAGAACCUCGCCGUUAUACGGGUGGAUUCAAGUCUGAACUUGAUAUACGUGAAAGGUGCUGUCCCAGGUGUUGACGAUGCCCAUGUAUUGGUGAAGGAUGCGAAGAAAAAAUUGGUUGCGUUGGGCCAGCAUAAUCAAACCAAAGGUCUAUACGAGAAGGUGCUACCGAAGGGAGUUGACGACUUGCCCUUUCCUGCUGGAACAUCCGAGAUGGCCAAGGCGCUACCUUCAAUCAUAGAAGCGCCAUCUUACAGGAAGAGCCCGUUCAUUGCUCAGGAAUAG